AUGCUACUGGCGGCCUCUGGGCACGUCAACAUCGAGCGAGGCGGAGUACGAGCGCAAGGCGAUUGGAUCAGAGACGUUCACCUUCAUCUCUCGCGCCGCGGAUCCCAAGCAUCACUGCAGCACCAUCACUUGUUCAGCUGCCGUUUCCCUUCGUCAGAAAAAGAUGACAACUUGACAUCCGAAUACGACGAAAGUGUAUGGAAGCAGAUUUUCAGAGCCGCUUGGAUCGACGUAGCUCUCCGAUUGCCCUUUGCGCUGCUUGCCAGACAGGACAGGCCCGAUCAGCUCAAGAUCCGCUUGCCCUCCAAAGUGCGAGAGAUAGAGCAGUGGGCGGACGACACUAUCUCGUUUGAGAAGGCCAAUCACGUACAGCAGUCCAAUAUAGAUGCGCUUCUUCGUACCAAGGAGGUGUUGGGGUGAGUUUCGAGGUUCUGAGCGCAUACAAACGCGCGAUAGCGUCUUAUAGAUCUCAGACGACCUCGUUUCUUGUUGUUCUGGCAGCCGUCUUGAAUUUCCAACAUCUUUAGGCAACGAAGCAAAGCUCCACGUCAUGCCAGCCAACAAUCCUCUUCGCUUCGUCGUGGCUCUCCAAGUUUCCCAUUCUUUGACGGAUGGUAGCGGUGCUUUAGCCAUGUUGAAGCUCAUCUUGCAGCACGUAGUCAAUUCUGAUGGCGACACUCCCGCGCAGAUCGACCUACCGGCAGUGUCCGUACUCGCUUCUCGUUUGCUUCCGGGAUUCUCAGCUCUCGUUCGCGAGGAUGCCCGACCAAAGCCGGAGCAGUACGAAUCGAUUACGAUGCAGGUGGGUCCAAAGACGGCUCUCGGUGGCACAACUCAAUUACUGAAAUCCUUCGAUUGUCGAUCCGCCAGCAAGUGGGCAAGAUGGCCGGAGCUGGACUUCACGCAUUCAAACUGCAUUUCGACCGACCUUUUCCCCCUUCGGAAUGGGGCGCCACUCUGAACGUGGUCGAGCAACUGAGCGAGGAUCUGACGAGAAGAAUCAACGCCUUUGCCAAGAUGCACAAGCUCAAGGUCAGCUUCUUGAUUCAUGCAGCGUGGGGCCUGACAAAUGCAAGGCAGAAUAGGCAGCAAAUGAGGAGCGAUACCACGAUAGCUGGCUUUGUUGCCAUCAACAGCAGACGAGCAUUUCCUUCGGAGCUGCAAGAUCCAACAAUCAGCGCACAAGGCUGCGUGUCGCCCUUAUCGAUCUGCAUACCCAUUGGCACGGCCACAGCAAAUUUCGCUGAUCCCACUGAGAGACUUUUGAUGUUGUCCAAGCACAUGGCGGACGAGUUCAAGGAGGUGGAGAAGCAGCGUGGGACGAUGGCUUUCUUGUCUGAGCGCUGGAUGCAGCGCCUGGGUGCUGCUCAUCCUACUGGAGAGACACCGGCUCCAGUGCAACAUCCCAUGCUUGUGUGUCAUGUUCAGCUGCGCGCACUGGCAACUUCACGUCUUCACGGCGGAAAACCGCUGACUUGCCGUCUGCCGCUCCACAACCGCAUCGGCACCGCUACAGAUACCAGAUGGCAAAUACGACCGCAUCCUACCUCCCAUUUUACGCUCAGAGACAGCGUUGGAAGUGGAGUUGCACACCGAAGCGAUUUUGAUGGGCAUAGACCAUGGUGGUCCAGUCAACGUCACGCCCAUCGGGGCCAGAUGGUGGAGUUUCCGCGAUCGACUACACUUCGGAGCGGACUUCAGCGAGGGAAACUUUGAAAAGCGACAGGUGCAGUUCUAUUUGAGCGAUUGGAAGGAGAUCUUGGAGGAGGUCGUCUAG